GUAUCCCGGCCGAGCAGCAUGUUUGUCCAAGGGGGCGUGGCCGAGCCCAAGCCGAUAAGGCUUAUCGCCGCCGCGUGCAAGAACCGGGGCAUCGGACGCGAGGGAGAGCUGCCCUGGAACCUGCCGAAGGAAUUUCGGUUUUUCUUGGACACAAUCACGAUGGUUUCCAACCCAGACAAGAAGAAUCUCUUAGUCUGGGGCAAGCAUUGCUGGUUCUCUACCCCUGAAAGUCUGCAUCCCUUUGCCAACAGUCUCCACGUCGUCCUGAGCAGGACUCUUAGAGCGGUGCCCCAACACGCUCAUUACAUCUGCAGCGACUUUGACAGUGUCAUCAGGCUGGCCUGUACUCCUCCACUUGAUGAUCUUGUGGAGACCAUCUGGAUCACAGGAGGAGUGGGGCUGUACAGAGAAGCCCUGGAACAUCCUUGGUGUGACCUCAUCUUCCUCACUGACAUCAUGGCUGACUUUGACUGCGACACCUUCUUCCCAGAGUUUGACCAGAGCCUUUAUAGAUUGCAGGACAGGUUCCCUGGUGUUCCAGAUGAAAUUCAGGAGGAGUGUGGCAUCAGAUAUAAAUUCCAGGUUUUCAAGAAGGAUGCUUAGAAUGAGGACGACAUGACUGUGAACCGCAGCAAGACUGCAUGACACGGACGAGUACGUGUAGCCUUGGAAAUGAACUUUUUACCUAAUUUUGCAGGCGGCAAAUUAUGCAAAAUUAUAGUUAUGCAAAUUAGUAUGCAAAUCCUGCCAUAGAAUUCUAUUAUUGAAAAUGACAGAUUUCAAGUGGCAUAAGUGGCUUCCCCGUCGGGCUUUUUGUAGUUUUUCUACUCCUUGUCUCACGCUGCAGAUUUCCUCCUUUACGGUAAAUAGAAAUUACAAAUGUGGAAGAAAUGUUUUGUAGUGUCCUGUGUACACAUAGCGUCAAAUUCUGCAUGUUAUCUAAACUUCCUUAUUAGCCAAAAUAAUGACACCGGCAGAUGUUGCCGGGUAAAUUUCGGUGUGAUGAAACAGGACCUUAUAAGAUGGCCCCGUGUUAGAGCUUAAUAAACAUUUAUGAACUGAGAAAUACUUAAUAUUUGCAGAUGUACUCACUUCUCUCCUGACCUCCUAACAGAUUGAUAAAUGUUCAUCACACCAAAAGUCGCCAUUACCUUCAUAUUUCAUAUCAGUUCUGUAUGCAGCUACUGGUAAAGUGUGCCAGCAAAAAGUGUGCUGUCGGACAAACCGACUGUGGUUUGGGAGUCGCGUGUUUGUAUCUAAAGGUGUUUGUCUGCGGUGAAAUGUGCUUUUGUUUCCUCUAAAUUGUCAAGUAACAGAAGCAUCUGCUGAAUGAAUAAAUGUAAAUGCAAAUGCUGUUACAUUUCUUUGAUCACAUGAAAUUACA